AUGAUCAAGAAAAUUUCUCAGGAUGUGGAAACUAUGAAGGUUGACCAAGAGCAUAGGAUUGAGAAGAUGGAAGAGGAUGUGCGUGAGAUCAAGGAAAACCUGAACAAUCUAGUGGAAAUUAGUAGGCAGGAGAUGAACAAUAGUGUUGAUGGGUUGGAAAAAAUUAAUUCCAUGAUGAUUGAUUAUAGAACUAGGACCAUCGUCAAUGACCCUCCCUUGGGGGAAAAGCAGAAAAAAAUUACAUCAGAUGGUGGACAGAGUGCUGCUGGUCUUGGCAAUGGCUCUCUAAAAAGUAAAGAACUGAAAGAGGGUGGAAUAUGCAAAGACCAACUGCAAAUUGGGGAUAUGUGGCAAGAUAUCCAGGGUGCAAAUAACUGGGAGGGCUUUCUCGAUCCCAUUGAUCCGCUCCUUAAAGCAGAAAUACUUAGAUAUGGUAAUUUUGCACAACACUGCUACGACGCAUUUUGUAAUAGUCGGUCUUCUCAAUACUAUGGGAAUUGCAAGAGCUCCAAAAGGUCACUCGGACAGAGAUUGGAAUCUGUGAAAUGUGGGCGUGAAUCCAACAUCGAAGCUACUUUCAAACCUGAUGUUCGGAUAGAGAAGGGGUUUUUAACAUGUUAUACCUCAAUAGACGAAGGAUACGGAAGAUUUAGGCUCAGCGCAAGAGAGAUUGUUGUGGUUGAAAUGAAAAGGUUAUUGAAUAAUUUCAAAGAUGAAGAUGUGAUUAUAACGUUUACUAGACACAGCUUGGGAGCUGCGCUGGCAACCAUAAGUGCAUAUGACAUAAAACAAUGGCGAUGA